AAAAAACGAUAAAACCGAAUGCGCCUUGUUCAGUUAAAAUGUAAAAACCGCUUUUUUUUUUUGUUUGAUUCUUGAAUGAAAAUAUGACCAAAUAUAUUCGAGUAAAAGAAUCAUAUUGUGGUUGCAUAAGUGUUCAGUAUUUUGCAAUUAUAGCCAGUUGUAUCACAUUGGCUUUUCAAUUGACUUUUUCAAUAUUUUUUCUUAUUUAUGGCCAAUUAUGGGGCUUGAUACCAAUGGCUCUUACAAUAGCAAGUCAUUUGUUUUUUAUGAUUGUCAUUCUCCAGUUUAAAUCAACUAUUUCAAUUACAAUUUAUAGUGGAAUAGAGAUAGCGUUUUCUUUCGUCAUUUUAGGGUUUUCCAUCUGGAUUUUAUCUUUUAUACUUGAUCCAAAAGUAUCCUUCGUUUACAAUUUUUGUGCAACAAAAUUGUUAUACACAAGCUGUUACGGUGGAACUCAGCUAGUUUCAUUAAUAUGGGGCUGUAUUUUCAUUAUAUUCUUCUUCGCAAGUGUCCUUCUUCUCCCGGUUUUUCGAACCACGUGGAGAAACAUCAAAGUGACCCGCAAAUCAUCCUCGGUAUACAUAGACGGAGAUAACGCGCCUGUCCCUCCGGUGCAACCAAUUUUCAAUAUCAACUCCGGCCCUCCGGCUGCUCAGCCAGCUCCACAACAAAUUAUGAUACCUCCUCAGUUGUUCAAUCAACAAAUGCCUCAAUUACAAAACCCACAGCAACACAAUCAGAUCUCCCAACAAACUCAGUCGCAAAUGUUGCAACCACAACGACCACAACAACUCUAUCCAGCAUCUUCUGCCAUAAUGCAGCCUUCGGGUGUGAUACACUUAAAUCUCUAUACAAUUCAGCUUCCCAACGGACAUCAAACUUAUACAACUUCUUCCCCAAUUAUUGAUCAACUUAGUUCUAACUACCUUGAUAGUGUAUCUCAAACUGAGCAGAUAAUCGAAGAACGGUUAUAGUUUGAUGUUCAUGAAAUUUUAUUGCCUCUCACGAUAAAUGUAAUCUAUGGUU